AUGGCACAGGCUGCCAAGAAGAAGUUGGUCGUUGCAGGAGGCAAUGGGUUUCUGGGUUCGCGCAUCUGCAAAUCUGCCGUUGCUAGAGGUUGGGACGUUACCUCCAUCAGUCGCUCAGGCGAACCGACAUGGUCCUCAGUGACCUCCUCGCCAGAGGCUCCCUCCUGGUCCAAGUCCGUGAGCUGGGCAAAAGGUGACAUCCUCAAGCCCACAACCUACACCUCCCACCUCAAGGACGCCGAUGCUGUCGUCCAUACGAUGGGCAUCUUACUCGAGGCAGACUACAAGGGGGUGCUGUCUGGGAAAGAAUCAAUCAUCUCGGGCCUGUCUAGGGCGUUCAGUUCAACCAAGGCUGGAAGCUCCAAAAACCCACUCGACCGCAAACCCGGCGAAGGCCUGGAGAAGGGUGAAAAAGACGGGCAGAUCACAUAUGAAUUGAUGAACAGAGACUCGGCCAUCGCACUGGCACAAGAAGCUGAGAAUGCUGGUGCACACACAUUCGUCUACAUCUCCGCCGCGGCAGGUGCACCCAUUCUUCCCUCACGGUAUAUCACAACGAAGCGGGAGGCAGAGAACACGAUAGCAAGCCAGAUGACGAAGUUGAGGAGCAUCUUUGUCAGACCGGGGUUUCUGUGGGACAACAGUCGGAAGUUCACCUUGCCUAUAGCUGCGUCGGGGAUGGUGGGCAGUACGGUCAACAGCAUGGUCGGAGGCAACUUAACCGGUAUAUUCGGUGCAGCUGUUGAGAAGCCGCUGAAGGUGGACCUGGUCGCGGACGCUGUGGUUGAAGCCAUUGCCGACGAGGAGACAAAGGGUGUUCUGGACACGAAGACCAUCGAGGCUCUCGCUGCAAAAGCCUGGCGGAAGACAAUGCUGUGA